GAGGUCGCAGUCGCACCUCGCAACUUUCAUCACCAUGCGACUCCCCAUCACUGUCCUCACUCUUGCGCUCUCUCUCCUCCCUUCUUCCCACGCAAUCUUCGCCGACGAAGCCUACAGCGUCGAUUACCAGCACGAACUCCUAGGCCUCCCACAACCACAAACAACAUUCUUCCAUCGGCCGCGGAAAGAUGACAAAGCGACGUUAUUAUAUACCUUGAGCGACUUAGGAGUACUUGGCGCGGUACAUCCUGGGACUGGGAAGGUGGUUUGGAGACAAUUGCUUGCGGGCGAAGCUGGGGAGUACAAUGCGUCUUCGAAAGGAUUCUUAAGGCCGGUCGAGGGAGAGAGCACGGUUGUUUCUGCAGUAGGAGGAAGAGUUGAUAGUUGGGAUGCUAUGAGUGGACGUGAAAGAUGGGGGAAUUUAUUCGCGGGCACAAUCAAGGAUCUGGAGGUCAUGGAGACCACGUCAGGAGAUGUUAAGGAUAUUCUGGCACUAUACGACGAGGAUGGAAAGGGUGUCCUGAGAUUAUUGAAGGGAGAGAGUGGGAAUGUGAAGUGGGAAUAUCAUGGCGAGAUCACAGAUGUCCCUCUGCAGGUCAGCACGAACGUCGAGAAGAUCUUCGUUAUUGCGCUGCACGGCACGACUGGGGCUUAUAAUCUGAAGAUUACGGAGCUCGAUCCUGUCACCGGAAAGCAGAUCUCAGAACAUACGUUGAGGUCGCUGAGCGACGUACAUUCACCAGAGGAUGUUUUGCUUGUCGGAGCCAAUUCAGCGGCGCCUAUUGUUGCAUGGACGGACAAAGAUUUCAAGAAUCUGAAAGUUAAUAUUUUGGGUCGCUCUGCGAGCAUUACGUCUUUACCUUUGGCGGAGGCUGAUGGACCUAUCACAAAGGUUGAGAUUCAUGCGCCACACUUGAUUCAAUCGCUACCUCACUUUUUGGUUCACAGCCAUUCAGCUACGUCAAAUCGAGCCGAUGUGUAUCACAUCAAUCCAGCCAGUGGAACCAUUGCUAAGGAGUAUGAGCUGCCUAAGCUCUCAGGAAAGGGUGCCAUCUCUGUCAGCUCUCAAGCUGCGAAUGUCUACUUUACCCGCCUGACCGAGGACGAAUGCAUUGUCGUUUCAUCUGCUUCUCAUGGUAUUCUUGGAAGAUGGCCAAUGAGGUUCACCGGAAAGGAUGGCGCACUUCUUCAUGGAGCUUCAGAAGUUGUUCAAAGAACUGGUGAUACCUAUGCAGUACGAUCGGCGGUGCUUACCAGCAAUGAUGAUUGGCUACUUAUUCGCAACGGUGCCGUGGACUGGACUCGUCCCGAGGGACUCUCUGGAGCUGUUGCUGCUGCAUGGGCUGAGAUCCCAGAGUCCGAGAACCUUGCAAAGACGUUGGAGGCUGAGGCACAUAGCAAUCCUCUGUCUGCGUACAUCCAUCGAGUCAACCGUCAUGCACACGACUUGCAAUACUUACCAGCCUAUUUGCAAGCCCUUCCCAAGCGUCUUUUGACUAGCAUUAUCGGUAGUGGUACAGCUUCUCAGUCUGGUGUCUUGGCACGAGACAGCUUUGGCUUCAACAAGUUGGUCAUUGUAGCCACUGUGCGAGGUCGUGUUUAUGGUCUCAACGCGGGAAAUCAAGGCUUCGUCCUGUGGUCCUCGAAAGCUUUUGAUAUCCCAUCAAAUGAGAAGUGGGACGUGAAGGGUAUUUGGGUCGAACAGUCAAAAGGCAUUGCUACCAUCAAAGGUAGCAAGGGAGAAUCCGUUACUGUUCAUGUUGUCACUGGCAAUGUUCUGGAGACUGUGGCCCCAGGGUCAGACUUCAUCCAGAGCACUGUCGUGGUUGAAACCCCUUCAGGAGCUUUAUUCCUUCCAAUUAGUCUAGAUGGCAAUCUAGAUGAGGUUCCCGUCGACCAAGCACCAAAGGACAAUCUCGUUGUACAAGGCAAAGAUGGCGAGAUCAAGGGAUUGAAAUUCGACACCAAAGGACCUGGGGCAUCACCUGUAGUGCUAUGGACCUUCCAAUCGGGCCCUGGUGAGAAGAUCUUGAAUGUUGUCUCAAGGCCACCCCAUGAUCCUGUUGCUUCAAUCGGAAAGGUUCUUGGUGACCGUACUGUUCUCUACAAAUACCUCAAUCCAAACGUCGUUCUCGUUACAGCCGUCUCAGAAGAGUCGUCUUACGUUGCAUUCUAUCUCAUUGACUCUGUCUCUGGAGAUGUGCUCUACUCCGUGACACAUGAAGGUGUCGACAUCCAGCAACCGAUCACUUCUGUCCUAACAGAAAACUGGCUUGCCUACUCUCUAUGGAGUGAUAUUCUUGUUACCGAGGCUACCCUUCCGGGAUCAAAGGGCUACCAAAUCAUUGUAUCAGAGCUAUUUGAGUCCGCUGUACCUAACGACCGGGGCCCACUGGGUCCCACGGUCAACUCCUCGAGCAUUGAGCCAUCUGACAUCCCUAAUGCCGAACCUGCCCUUCCUUAUGUCAUCUCACAAACAUUCUUGAUUCCGGAGGCCAUCAGUCAUAUGUCCGUCAGUCAGACUCGUCAAGGCAUAACUACACGUCAACUCGUCUGCACGCUGGCAGGAUCCAAUGCUAUUGUUGGCAUCCCACGACACAUUCUUGACGCUCGCAGACCAGUUGGCCGUGCUCCCACACCUGCUGAGAUGGAAGAAGGUCUCAUUCAGUACCACCCAGUCAUCGAAUUCGAUCCCAAGAUGGCCCUUACGCACAAGCGAGAAGUAAUUGGCAUCAAAGAUGUGAUCGCUACACCAGCAGUCUUGGAAAGCACAAGUUUAUUAUUCGCUUACGGAAUUGAUGUUUUCGGCACAAGGGUAGCUCCUAGUGCAGCAUUUGAUAUCUUGGGAAAGAGCUUCAAUAGGUUGAGUUUAGUGGCGACGGUUUUGGCGUUAUGGAUUGGGGUGUUUGUAUUGGCUCCUAUGACUAAGAGGAAGCAAAUCAAUGAGCGAUGGGCUACACAAUAGAUGGCCUUGUAUGAAUAUAUUUUGGUUGCUGUGUCCAUACACAUAAGCCUAAUGGAGGGCUUUUCAAUGCAUAUGCAUCUUUCAUGACCGAAAAAUUCUCCACUUGAAUUACUUAUGCACCUCGGGCCUGUUCCAGUGGAAUGUUCUAUUUUGUUCGAGGUUUUGUUAUCGAUGUAGAGGCAAGUGCCUCCUUCAAUUCCGAACGGAUGAAAUUGGUACCACAAGAUUGACUAAAGAUGACUUCAGGGAGCAUCGUAACUCUUCAUUUAAGUAUAGUGCUCUCAAUUUACCACUUUCUCACGCUUGACCAUUUUAAUGAAUAUCAAGGACUUUGAGAUACAUUCCCGACCCGUAUAUCCCAAUUACCACACAUAUCUCAAGGACAUAUCUUCGAAUCACGCAAGACUCUCUUCUCUGCAAUGUCAGUACAUGAGGCUCAACCCAC